AUGACAGACGACCGGACUUCAUCCGUUACGAGCUCCUCCAGUACCGAUUCCUCUCCUGCUCUACCAGCGACUGACGCCCCUCCUGAACGCAUCCCCUCGCGCUCCUCACAACCUUACCACCGCGGCUCAUUCUCCAACAUUACCAUGCCCCAGUUCGCGCGCGAAUCUUUUAUGCCAAGCGAAAGUGGCACCGAAGCAGACGACGAGCAUGUGCCGAAAGGCUUACCGGUGCCGCGUUCCCGUCACCAUGGCAAGAGCGUAUUAGCCCUCGGUGGUAAGGCCGAGGUGGUAUCGGAAUCAUCCACUUCGGUGUUGUCGCCUGAUGUGUUGGAGGAGGAAGGGAGGGUAAGGAAAAAGCAAAACGGGGGGAUGGAUAGGGAAAGGAAGAGGGUUGGUGAUAGAGGAAGACGGCGAAGGGAGUUAGUAAGGAGAGCAGUUGAGGUGGGGUUAUUGGGGUUUCAGGCCGCAAUGGUUGCUGCGAACCCUGAUGCUGAGGGAGUUAUCAGAACUUAUUGGAGAGAACUGCUCUCAGUUGGCAACCUCUGGUGCGUCCUGAUCGCACUCUACCCUCUGAGACUUGUCUGUUGGGCCUACCGGCAGGGCAAGCUGUCGAGAACAAUCCCAAUCCGCAUUCCAGCCUCAUUUGACCUUGCGCCGAUGCUCUACCCGCAAAUUAUCCCUGUCCUCAUCUCCCUCCUGGUGGCGCAUAACCUCCAGGGCGUCGUUCUGCCCAGCCUGGUGCUCAGCAUCAGCGCCCUUCCGAGGCCGCUGAUCCCGACAGCGCGUCCUUGGGAAACAUUCAGUAACAUGCAGUGGCUGCUGUCUUGUCUACCUUUUUCCCUACAUAAGCUGGGCUUUGGGUCGCCGCAUGAUGGAGAGCAGGAGAUCGCGCCCGAGAUUCUGGCUCUGCUCUAUCCCUUACAUCAGACGCUAUGCCUGAUCUUGCUAUAUUUGACUACGACCAGCUUGCUCGUCUCAGAGGUUCAUCUUCUAUCAAUUGGACUGAUCCAUCUACUAUUGUUUGCCCGCUCCCCUCAGGCAGUCAUCCUGAGGGCCAUUCUCUGGGGCGGCGGUCUCGGUCUGCUCGUCUCAUGCAGCCAUGUCAUUCGCUGGGGCAUUACUCUGGCCCGCAUUCCCAAAUGGCGGUUCAGAAAAGCCCCGUCCGAUGAACCAGCCUUAGCCGAACUCUUCAGGGAACUUUUGUCCCUCCUCCGGCCGCGCACAUCUUCAAAGACCUCCCGCUUAAAUCUCGAAUCGGACUACUCGACAGACGAAGACGAAAUUCUCCUUUCCCAUCCUGCACACACCUGUCCUGUCCCCGACCGGCCCCCUUCCAACCACGCCACGACUCCCUCCGGCCGACGCAAACGUGCUCCCUCAGCCAGCCUGCGCGCGUUCUUCUCGCUCACCUACGAGCAGUCAGUUACCCGACGCUGGCUUUAUGCCGGCUACGUCUACGCCUGCACACUCGUGAUCGCCUUCCUCGUCGUACGUCCACACAUCCAGACGUACGCCCUGGGAGGUCGGGAACCCCUCGGCUGGGCAGUGGGCUAUUUCCUCGGAGAUUGGCCACAGUUCCGGUUCUGGGCUGUCAAGGGCAACUGGGAACGGUGGAUUUCCCUCCCCCCUCUGCGAGACGACAUCGAGAAAGGGUUGCUCUGUGAAGGAACAGGCUGGGUUAACCGCUUGCGCAUGACUUUCCUCGGACCGGCACACACCAGGCUCGCCAUCUCCGCGUACUACCUUAUCCUCAUCACUUUUGCGCUCUCCCUCCUUCUUCUCCACCUAGCCCGUAAAUCCGUCUGCGGUUCCGACGUCGACACCCGCCGCAAGGUCUUCCACUUCCUCACCGUUUUCAUGUUCCUUCCCACUCUGUACAUCGACCCUACGUUUGUCGCCCUCGCGAUGGCUGUUGUCUUGGGUAUAUUCCUCUUGCUUGAUCUACUUCGCGCAAGCCAACUUCCUCCCCUUUCAAAACCUAUCGCUCACUUUGUUGAGCCGUUCGUCGACGGCCGAGACUUGAGAGGACCCGUGGUCGUGUCGCACAUCUUUCUAUUAGUUGGCUGCGCCGUGCCGGUGUGGCUUUCCCUGGCUUCGCUGCCCCGUUCAGCGUCGAACAAUGAGGAGGAUCCGUGGAAGGGAUGGGAGCUAUCCUCUCGUGAGGUUGCUCUUGUUGCCGGAGUGGUGUGUGUCGGGUUGGGUGACGCAGCGGCAUCGCUUGUGGGGAGGAGAUGGGGGAAGACGAAGUGGUUGUGGGGAGGGGGGAAGAGUGUUGAGGGGAGUGUAGCGUUUGCGGUAGCGGUGUUGAUCGGGUUGUUGGCUGGGGCAGCGUGGUUGCGGGUUGGGGGGUGGCCUACUGCUGUGCCGGGGAUUGCAGACCUGGGUAGUGGAGGAGGUAGUGGAAUGGAGAGCCUAAGAAGUGUGUUGGAUGUCAAGAGGCUCUGGGGAUGGCUCGGCCCAGGCCCAGAGGGCACAGGUGUGCUGGGGAAGGCUACAGCUUGUGCGACAGUGGCUUCGUUGACUGAGGCGGUGUUGACGGGGGGUAAUGAUAAUGUGGUUGUGCCGGUGGUGUUGUGGGAAUGUGUAAAGGCGUUGGCGGUAUAA